UGCAAUGUAUCCGAUUUAGUGGAAGUGGGUAGGAUAAAAUUUUGACAUUUCUGAAAUUUCGGUGGUUCCGUUUCGUCGUGGAGAAGAGAGUAUGUGGGAAAUGGUCGUGUUUUAGACUAUAAAAAAAACUAUAUCAAACGUAGUUAUUUAAGUUAGUUGUUCAUAAUUAAGUCAUUUGUGUUAUCUAUAAAAAAAACCGUGCCUUUCGUGUGUGUGAACCUUCAUUAGAUAUCUAAGACAGAUUUGUGCCCAGGGAGGAAGAUGACGGCUUUUAUCUACGAUAGUGUUAUGGUUUCUGUAUAAUAGUGUUUAUUAUUCAAAAUGACUACGACUACAAAAUCGGCGAAAGUAUCUUUGAAACCGAUUGAAGUACCUAAAGCUUUGCAAGAAGGAGAGAAAUUUAUUAAGUGGGAUGAGGACUCAGGAACGGGCCUCCCAGUCACUCUACGAGUGGACCCUAAGGGGUUUUUCUUGUACUGGACCGAUCAGAACAUGGAGGUGGAGAUGCUGGACAUUGCAACAAUUAGAGAUGUGAGGACUGGAGUUUAUGCUAAAUUGCCAAAGGAUCAGAAGACGCGGAAUGUGGUCCUUAUCGGAUCCCAGGGGUCGCUGGAGGAGAAAACGGUCACCGUGUGUUAUGGCGCUGACUUCGUUAACAUCACCUUCGUGAAUUUCUGCUGCACGAGAAAGGAGAUAGCGAAGAUGUGGACGGAGGAGCUUUUCACUUUGGCGUACAAUCUGAAUCAAUUCAACAAUCCUACGAUAAAGUUUCUAGAAAAGCUGCACACGAAGAUCGUCCUGAAAGCAGACAAGUCAGGGAAAAUACUAGUGAAGAACAUCGUCCGCCUGUUCGCACAAAACAAGGAAGAUAAGAAGCGGGUCGAGAAAGCGCUGAGCGAGUCGGGGCUGCCGACGGGGAAGAACGACACCAUCAGCCAAUCCAAGUUCCAGUUUGAGGAUUUCUUUGCCUUCUACAAAAGCCUCACCCAGCGAACGGAAGUUCAGAAGAUCUUUAAUAAUCUCACCGACGGGAAGCCGUACUUGUCGGCCAACCAAUUGGUCGAUUUCCUCAACGACGUACAAAGGGAUCCACGUUUAAAUGAAAUUCUUCAUCCUUACGCCGAUAUUCAGCGAGCCAGAGACCUUAUAAAGGCUUACGAGCACAACAAAUAUCACCAGCAGCGCUCGCAAUUAACGUUCGACGGAUUUUUAAGGUUUCUAAUGUCGGAAGAUAAUCCAAUAGUGGCUCCGAACAAACUGGACCUGUGUGACGACAUGGACCAGCCGCUCGCGCACUACUUCAUCAACAGCUCGCACAACACGUACCUCACGGGCCACCAGAUCACGGGGAAGUCAAGUGUGGAGAUUUACAGGCAGGGACUUCUAGCGGGUUGCAGGUGCGUAGAGCUGGACUUUUGGAAUGGCAGAACAGAAGAACCCGUCAUUGUUCAUGGCUACACGUUCGUCCCAGAGAUCAGCGCCAAAGAAGUCUUGGAAGCGAUAGCCGAGAGUGCGUUCAAGACCUCCGACUAUCCCGUAAUACUGAGCUUCGAGAACCACUGCAACCCGCGCCAGCAGGCCAAAAUUGCCAAUUACUGUAGAGAUAUAUUCGGAGAAAUGCUUCUCGACAAAGCACUAGAUUCUCAUCCACUCGAACCAGGAGGAGAGCUCCCGCCGCCAGCGAUGCUCAAGAACAAAAUUAUAAUUAAAAACAAGAAGAAACAUCAUCACCAUCACAAGAAAGAGGAGCCCGCGGCGGAGGAGGGCGAUAGGAGCGAAGCAGUGCCGCAGGGGAACGGGGAGCCGCAGGGGCGCGGGCCGCUGGUCCGCCAGGGCUCGAAGGAGUCGUCGUCGUCGUCGGAGUCCGAGAGCUCCAGCGAGGAGGAGGGCGGCGGGGAGGCGGAGGGCGCGGCGGAGGAGGCGCGCGAGACGCACGCGGCCGCCGAGAUCUCCGCGCUCGUCAACUACGUGCAGCCCGUGCACUUCUCCUCCUUCGAGAACGCCGAGAAGAAGAACCGAUUCUAUGAGAUGUCAUCGUUCGACGAGAAGCAGGCGACCACGCUGCUCAAAGAGCGGCCGAUCGAGUUCGUGAACUACAACAAGCACCAACUGUCGCGCGUGUACCCCGCGGGGACUCGGUUCGAUUCGUCGAACUUUAUGCCACAGGUAUUCUGGAAUGCAGGUUGUCAGCUCGUGGCUCUCAAUUAUCAAACGUUAGACCUCGCGAUGCAGCUAAAUUUGGGAACAUUUGAAUACAAUCGUCGAUGUGGAUAUCUACUUAAACCGGAGUUUAUGAGAAGAAAGGACCGUCGCUUGGAUCCCUUCGCGGAAAGUACAGUAGACGGUAUAAUCGCCGGCUCGCUCUCGGUGAGCGUGGUGUCCGGGCAGCUGCUGACCGACAAGCGGACGGGGACCUAUGUGGAAGUGGACAUGUUCGGUCUGCCGGCCGACACAGUCCGGAAGAAGUUUCGGACGAAGGUGGUUCCGAACAACGGCAUCAAUCCCGUGUAUGGAGACGAGCCGUUUGUGUUCAAGAAGGUGGUGCUGCCCGAGCUGGCCAUGCUGCGCAUCGCGGCGCACGAGGACAGCGGGCGCCUGCUGGGCCACCGCGUGCUGCCCGUGCUGGGCCUGUGUCCCGGCUACCGCCACGUGGGCCUGCGCGCCGAGCUGGGCCUGCCGCUGCCCGCCAGCCUGCUGCUGCACGUGCGCGUCAAGGACUACGUGCCCGACCGCCUGUCGGAGCUGGCGGAGGCGCUGGCCAACCCCAUCAAGUACCAGAGCGACAUGGAGAAGCGCUCGCACCAGCUGGCCGUGCUCACGGACGACACGGACGAGCCCGCGCGCGCCGAGCCCGUGCGCCGCCCGCUGUCGCACCUCGGGGCCGCCACGCGUCCAGAUUGCAGUAUGGACGGCAGCCCGAACAAAGUGAACACCAGCAUAGAGAAGAUUCCGAACGAGACCGAGAACAGCCAGCAGCCGACUGAUCCCGAAAAAGACACUCAAGGUGAAAAAGACGAAGCGGAGACGAAGUGGAACGGAAGCGGAAACACGGAGGAGGACUUCACGGAGGCGCUGGACGCGCUCCUGAACAGCAAAGUGGUCCGGGAGAAGAGAGCCGAGCUGGCGCGGAAGCUGGAUGCCCUGAGGCGGAAGAGCGCCAGGACCAAACCCGUGUCCGCCAAGUUCUUCGUCAAGAGGCUGUCCACGCGAAACAUGAGCGAGCCGGCGCCCGCCGACGACGCCGACGCCGGCGCCGCCGAGAGGGAGCUGCGCCUGCGGUACCACCACGCGAUAUACGCGGCGCUGGAGAAGACCCUGCGCAACGAGCAGCAGCAGCAGAUGAAGGCUUUGACGGACCUGCUGGAGGCGGAAAAAAAGGAAAUUUUGAACAAAUUGGCGAACUCGCGGAAGGAGGACGUCAAGGCGCUGUCGAAGAAGACCAACCGCGACAAGGACGAGAUCCUGAGGAUAAAGAGGGAGAUCCACUCGCAGUCGGUGGAGCGCGGCGUGGCGGAGUGCUCGCGCCUGGAGCACGCGCACGCGCGCCGCCGCGAGCAGCUGGCGCGCGCGCACGAGCGCCGCCACCACGCGCUGCUGCUGCGCCGCGACCAGGAGCUGCUGGAGCUGGAGCGCCUGUGCGGCGGCGCGCCCGACGGGUAGGCGGCCGCCGCGCGUCUCGGAAUCUGUGAUAUUACCACCUAAGGAGGAGGCCGCCGGCGACGUGCGCACCCGGGCGAGCGGGCCCCGCGCGAUCCCUCGAGUCGGAGUCGGCGCGGCGGAAUGUUUCCCAUUUCUGUUCGUUCGCAUCGUGUGAGCCAGAGUGGCCGGUGGUGAAUAAGACGAACGGUGACUCUCACUGCUGGGUCGGUCUUUUGCCCUCUCGAGUCUCGACACCUCACGUGUUCGUCGAGGCUCUCGCCGAGAGCAUUCGCGGGUGACGGCACGCAGCCGUGCGGCGCCGCGCAGUCGCCGCCCGCCGCGCCGCCCGCGCGCCGCGCCCCGUCGCCCCGUCCCCCCUCGCCCCCUCGCCCGGCGAGUGCCGGCGCCGCCUCGUCUCGUGUCGUAAACGGGAGCGUCUCUUCGAUCGCGACGUAGGGAUGGAUGUAUCAAUAAAUAUAUGUUUAUCUUAUUGAGGGAUCUUUUUUAAUGUUCCCCUACGUAAAAACGUUUAAUAAAAACACGUGAGGAGAUUGGUAGGGAUGUUAUAAUUGUUUAAAGUUCGGUUUAUAAGACCAUAACGUGUCUAGAGGUUUAUAUUUUCACUAUAACAUAUUUCUACACGUUUUUACCGGGAAGUGUACUCUAGUAGUAGUUCGUUAUACACAGCUGAAGUGUGAAGUUUUGAUGUAUGUCCUAAUCGUAUUAAAAUAUCGCCGGUUCGGUCAAGAGAAAGAAAUAUUUUACGAUGUCUCUCUCGGAUGUGCGACCGCGGCACGGGAGUUAUAAACACUUACUUUAAAACUUUAACAUAUUUCUUAACUUCUAGACUAACUAUAAACUUUCAAUGAAAUUUUAUUUUUUAUUCGAAAUUUGUAAUAUUGAUAGCGAUUUUUGGAAGAUUUUAUAGCUCUUCUACAAAGCUUCUCUGUCCACUCUAGAACUGUUUGUGAAGAUUAUAAUCAUUUUAUUAAAAAUAUAGUUCUAAGAUUCGUCCACUCCGCUUGUCGCCCGUCGCUUGUUCGCGCUACGGGUACGGCUCUUCCGAUCCCUGGGCUGUACUACGCGUCAUGCAAAUACAAAUAUACCUGAACUUUACUAGUCUAAGCCCUUCAUUCAAAAUACAAAACCGCUCGCUUGCUUUCCAACAGAGGUGUGUUGGUACAUUAAUUCUUUAUUCAUAGUUCCUAUAAUAACAGUUCGUGCGUUUUUGUAAAUCCCGGAAAUGUAUUAUCGUAUUAUAUGAUGAUACAAUCUCAUUUUUUAUUCCGAGGAAUGUAUUAAACGAGUUAACAUAAGAUACAGGACAAAACUAUUAUACGAGUCACUUCGGGGUUAACCUGUAAAGUCCAAUUUACUCAGCAGCACAACUAAUGUAACUAAAAUUUUAUUUUCACAUUGUCGGUUCGAUGACGUCCUGCCCGUCCGAGCGAGCGGUUAAGUUAAGAUUUCGAUCGGAAAAUGAUUCUAACUGUAGCACAUACAAUUCUUCUAUUGCUAAAGAAAAAACUUUUAUUAAUCGAAUGAAUUCGUACCUUAGCUUCUUUUUUGUAAUGGAAUAGUUAUUAACAUUCUGUUCCAAAAGAUAAAAGUCAAACGAGACAAGCGGAGUGAGUCUAGUGAUUAACACACUUCUUAUGAUGUACUUGUAAGUAUUCCGAGAUGGGUUGUGAACAUAAUGGGCGGCGCGAAGCUGCAGACUGACUGCAGCUCGGGAGACCGGAGCCUAAGCCGCGUUUCCGAUUUCUACAAAACUGUAAUACGUAAGCUAUGUAAGAAGUAAAGGUCGUUCAUGUUAACAUUUUAUUAGAAAAUGAACCUUACCCUCUAUAUAAUACGGUCACAUUUGCAACUUACUGAUGUACUGAAUUAAUCAUAAAUAAUAAUUAAUAAAAUAUUUAGUAAAAAUGAUUAUAGAAUUUUGAAGUAAUCUUGCGGAACUAAAAUACACGAUAUACCUCUCGUCAUAGUGCGCAGUGUUCUCCACCUGGCCGCCAGUUAGGGCUUAGGUUUAGGUCACAUACCGACAUUAAUACUUGUUAAUAUACUAUUUUUAGUAAUGCCAUAUGGAAACUUGGCUUUACCCAUGCCGUCUAGCGCUUCGGAUUAAAUCGUUGUUAUGUUGAAGGGAAACAGAAUCGAGGUCACUUUAAUAUUUUAAGGUACAAAGUCAGUCAGUCGGCACAAAUAACUCAUAAUGAGACUUGGGCAUGUUGUCCUGUGAUAUUGGAAACUGCAGAUACGUCACUGUUCCACGAUUACGACCCUCGAGGGAAUUUACGAUAUUGUGUCAUAAUAUAAUAACAAACUAUUAAAUGAUUUCAGGAACGAUACGCACCGGUGACGUUAUAUAUUUAUUUCUGAUGGGUUUCCCCACGUGUUGCGUUUCUCUGGUACUGAGGUAAUCAUUAAGGUAUCAUAGCAGUAUCAACCGCGUGUUUAGAUUAUUGUGAUUAUUUGUUAUCAUUUCAUAGAUUAUUGUUGUUUUUGUUGAUUUCGAUUUAUUUUAAACUUUGUGUCAAAUAGAUUUUGUAUUUACCUGAAAAUUGAUUAUGCAAUACGCAUGCACGUCUGUAUUUCGUUAGCAUGUAAACAUUGUCAACAUAAAUAAAAAAAAAUCAGAACGAUUUAUUGUUUCAUGAAUAUAAUUAAUAUUUAUAAAGGUUUAAAACUUAAGUAUUACAUUUUUUGAAAUAUAAAAUAAAAUGAUAAUGUUUCUGUAAUAAGUGGUAUUUGUUUAUUAACUGCCAUAUUAACAUUUAAAACUGUACUUAUUAAGGUCAUUGUUGUUAACUGCGCGAAAUUUGUUGCGGUAUGCGAUAUAAAUAUUCAAAAGACAAAUAAUGAGGACGCAAGUACAAAUAGCAACGUAUUUUUUUAAAUAAUGAAUAAAUAGUUAAACAAUCCAAAUGUAUACGCACAGAGAGGGAGAGUGAGACACCUGCACACACGCUCAAGCACACACGCACACACGCACACAAAAAUACACUAAUUUACACGCGCCCUCACAAAGCUGAUUCACUAACACAGAGAAACGCACAAGAGAUAGAGAGAGAGGAACAUGUGAACAGAAGUCGGCUAGCAGUCGAGUUAUGGUCACGUGACGCCCGCUGGACGCACCGCGAGACUAUCUCAUCAUCGAUCUCAGACUCAUCGCUUGUGUCUUGUUGUAUGAUACGCGUGUUAGUAAUUAAAGGAUUGCCACGUCAUUGUAUGAAAUUGAAAUAUGUCGGUUAUUUCGUACUUGCGCCGACGUUAUUCGUCCGUGUCGAUUUGCGUUGAGAAGAGAAGUCUAGGCGGCUCUCACACUGAAUAGUUCUAGUCAUUUUUAAUUCCUGUGUUGUUGUACACACGAUUAAGUAUGCCUGUAUAUGGGUAGACAAUAUAAUAUAUUAAUCAAUAUGAAUGUUAUGAAUAUAUUAUUAUAUCAUAUAGGUGAAACUUAUCUAUUAAAUUUGAUGUCUGUUCU